AUGAGCACAUAUCUCACAAUGCCGGUCACCAAUUUCAAGUAUCCUGAUCCGUACAAGUACCAGACGGGCUUCGACUCGCAUCACGAUGAAGCAAUCGAAGGAGCCCUUCCAGUCGGUCAGAACUCUCCACAGAAAGCUCCAUACGGGCUGUACACGGAGAAGCUCUCAGGCACGGCCUUCACCGCUCCUCGCCGCGAGAACAAACAGACAUGGGUGUAUCGCAUUCUACCAGCGGCGGCCCAUGAGAACUUCAUCGCCGAAGAUGUCGACUCAUACCACACCAGCAUGACAACGGAGACUCACAAGCUUCACCAUAUUCCAAACCAGCUGCGAUGGAAUCCAUUCGAUCUGGACGAAAAGGUGGACUGGGUCCAUGGAUUACAUCUGAUCGCAGGAUCGGGGGACCCAACUCUGAAACAAGGAUUGGGAAUCCUGAUGUAUGCGGCUGGCAAGGAUAUGGGCAAGGAAGCCUUUUAUUCUGCUGAUGGUGACUUCCUGAUCGUCCCCCAGCACGGUGUGCUGGACAUCCAAACCGAGCUCGGUCGUAUUAUUCUGCGACCGAAUGAGAUUUGCGUCAUCCCUCGUGGUGUGAGAUACCGAGUUACACUUCCAGACGGCCCCGUACGUGGGUACAUUUGCGAACUAUACCAGGGUCACUACGAGCUCCCCGAGCUAGGACCCAUCGGCUCCAAUGGUCUCGCCAAUGCGCGCGACUUCCAAGCCCCCGUAGCCGAUUUCGACGACGAAGAGGAAAGCGAGUACAAGCUGUACAGCAAGUUCAAUAACACUCUUUUUGCCGCCCGACAGAACCACACUCCGUUCGAUGUUGUCGCUUGGCAUGGAAAUUACUAUCCAUACAAGUACGACUUGGGGCGGUUCAACACCAUCGGCUCCAUUUCAUUUGAUCACCCCGAUCCCUCCAUUUUCACUGUCCUGACAGGCCCAUCGGACCACGUCGGCACAGCCAUUGCGGACUUCGUCAUCUUCCCUCCCCGUUGGUUGGUGGCUGAGGGGACAUUCCGCCCACCGUGGUACCACCGGAACACAAUGUCGGAGUUCAUGGGGUUGAUUGCCGGUGAUUACGAUGCGAAGGUUGGUGGUGGCUUCCAGCCUGCUGGUGCAAGUUUGCACAAUGUUAUGAGUGCUCAUGGUCCGGACUCGGGUGCUUUCGAGGGAGCUAGCAAUGCAGAGUUGAAGCCUGCUAAAGUGGGAGAUGGUAGUAUGGCUUUCAUGUUUGAAAGCUCCCUCAUGGUCGGUGUUUCGGAGUGGGGCUUGAAGCAGUGCCAGAAGGUGCAGCCGGAGUAUAACCAGCAUAGCUGGACGCCAUUGAAGCGCCAUUUCGUGAACCCUAACAAGAAGGCUUGA